AUGCCGGACGCCGACCCCCGCCUGGACCCGGGCCGCUGGGCGGCCGCCAGCUUCCGCCCGCGGGGGGCGCCCUCUGCCCCGGCCCCCCGCCCCCGCCGGGGCUUCUGGCGCCGCCUGGGCGGCUGCUGCGGCUGCUGCGGCUGCUGCCGACGGGGCACCGAGGACUGGGAGCCCCCCCCCGGCGAGAUCCCGGGGCGCCGCCCCCCCCAGCCCCUGCGGCCCGGCCUCUUGGCCCCCCGGGGGCUGGUCGUGGGCUCGUCAGCCAAUCGGAUCGCUCACCACACCUCCGAAUUCGCCUGCCCCCACCUGGUGGUGCGGCGGGGACAGCCCUUCGACCUGCGCGUCCUCCUGCCCCGGCCCUUCGACCCCGCGGACGACAGCCUCUGCGUGGAGCUCACCCUCGGCCCCAACCCGCAGGUGGCGAAGGGUACCCACGUCCUCAUCCCAUUGGGCGAAACCUCGGCCACCGGUUGGACAGCUGAGGAAGAGGAGGUGGAGGAGGGGGCGGAGCGUCCCGGAGGCCCCGCCCUCAACCUCUGCCUCGCCGCCCCACCCGACGCUCCCAUUGGCCGCUACCGCCUCAGCAUCAAGACCCGCACGAGGGCGGGGGAGUACGCGGCCCCCUUUGACGACGCCAACGACUUCUUCCUCCUCUUCAACCCCUGGUGCCCGGAUGACCACGUCUACAUGGAGAAAACGAGCGACCUUAACGAGUACGUCCUCAACGAGACGGGACGCAUCUUCUACGGCACCGAGGACCAGAUCGCCGAGCGCUCCUGGAACUACGGGCAGUUCGACACAGGGGUGCUCGAGGCGUGCCUGUACAUCCUGGACCGCCGGGGGAUGCCCCACAGCGCCCGGGGGGACCCCGUCAUGGUGUCCCGCGUCGUCUCCGCCAUGGUGAACUCUCUGGAUGACAACGGGGUGCUGGUGGGCAACUGGACGGGGGACUACGCUCAGGGCACCAACCCCUCCGCCUGGGCCGGCUCUGUCGACAUCCUCCGCGCCUACCACGGCGCCGGGGCCCCCGUGCGCUACGGCCAGUGCUGGGUCUUUGCCGGCGUCAUGACCACUGUGCUGCGGUGCCUGGGCCUCCCCACCCGCACCGUCACCAACUACAACUCGGCCCACGACACCGACGUCUCACUCACCACCGACAUCUACUUCGACGAGAACAUGCGGCCCCUGGAGCGCCUCAACACCGACUCCGUCUGGAACUUCCACGUCUGGAACGACUGCUGGAUGAAGCGCCCUGACCUCCCCGACGGCUACGACGGCUGGCAGGUCGUCGACGCCACCCCCCAGGAGACCAGCAGCGGGCUGUUCUGCUGCGGGCCGUGCUCGGUGACGGCGGUGAAGAACGGGGAGGUCUUCCUCAAGUACGACACCCCCUUCGUCUUCGCUGAGGUGAACAGCGACAAGGUCUACUGGCAGCGGCAGCCCAACGGCGCCUUCACGGUGGUGCACGUGGAGGAAGGCGCCAUUGGGCGCCGCAUCAGCACCCUGGGGGCGGGGUCCGGCGCCCGGUUGGACAUCACCCACCAGUACAAGCACCCCGAGGGCUCGGAGGAGGAGCGCCGUGCCGUCUCCACCGCCACCUCCCACGGCUCCCGUCCCCGAACCCGCAACCGGGGGACCCCCUCCUCCGGGGAGGUGACGGUGACGGUCGGGGCGGGGCCGGCGGUGCGGGGGGCGGAGCUGGAGCUGCGGGCGGUGGCCCGGAACGAAGGGGUGGAGCCUCGGACGCUCCGCCUCCGCCUGGCCCUCUCCGCCGUCCGCUACACCGGUGUUUCCGGAGCCCCCUUCCGGCAGGAGCAGCACCGGCGCACCCUGCCGCCGGGGCAGGAGGAGACGGUGACGAUGACGGUGACCUACGCUGAGUACGGGCCCCACGUGGGGGACCAGGACGCGCUGAAGCUGACGGUGGCCGGAGCCGUGGAGGAGACGGGGCAGGUGGUGGCCAAGGAGCUGCGGGUCCGGCUGCACACGCCCGAGCUCACCUUGACGCUGCUGGCCCCGGCGGUGGUGGGGGAGGAGACCCCGGUCCAGGUGGUUUUCCAGAACCCGCUGCCGGAGACCCUGAGCGGAGCCACCCUACGGAUGGAGGGCGCCGGCAUCUCCUGCCCCAAACCCUUCCAGAUGGGGUCGGUGGGGGCGGGGCAGACGGUGCGGCUGCGCCAGGCGGUGGUCCCGCUGCGCCCGGGGCGCCGGCGCCUGGUGGCCGCGCUGGAGAGUCCCCAACUCGGGCCCCUCCACGGCGCCCUCCAGAUCGACGUUGCCCCCGCGCCCGCCGGGAGCACCGGGAGCCCCCCCCGGCGCCCGCGACGCGCCCGGCGCCGCGCACCCCCUCCCGCCGGGAGCACCGGGGGCUGA